AGUAUGUAGAGAUUUUAUUCAAACAUAGUAAAAGAAAGUAACCAAAAAUGAUUAGGACAGGUUUAAAGAAGGGGGAGUAUUUUGGUAAUUUGCUAUAAAAGCAGAGUUGUCUUCUGUAGAUGAUAGAUAGAGUUGAGCUGCUACUGUGUCAGCACUGCAGUGCCAUUGUUUUUAUUCCUCGGAAGCUCUUAACAACCAGAAGUUCACAAACCCCAAGAAGAAUGGAACAGAGAAGGUACUCUGUGGGUCUUCUGUUCUUCAUUCUCUCUUGUUCUGUUCUUCUCUCAUUUUCAGGAUCUUCUGUUGAGGCCUACAAGAACUACACAGUGGGUGAUGCUUUGGGUUGGUAUGACAAAUUGGGAAAGCCCAGUGUCAAUUACCAGAAAUGGGUUGCUGGCAAGAACUUCAGCUUGGGAGAUUUCCUCAUUUUCAACACGGAUAAUAAUCAUUCAGUUGUGCAAACAUAUAACUUGACCACCUACAAACUUUGUGAUUAUGACGAUGCACAAGAAAACGACACCACACAAUGGUCUAGCUCCGAUCCAUCAUCCACCAGCCCACAUCCAGACACGGUGGCAGUUCCGCUGCUCAAAGAAGGGAUGACAUAUUUCUUUUCAGGUGAUUAUGAUGGUGAACAAUGCAAGAAUGGGCAGCACUUCAAAAUUAAUGUCACUCAUGGACAAGGGUUGCCGGCAAGCUUGAAAAGCCCUUCUGAAGAAUCCCCCGGACCGAUAAGUCCCAGUGCUGGCGAUGACGAAUCGGUACCGGAUACUACUGUUCCAUCCAAUUUUGAUCACCCCCUACAGCAAAGUGAUGAUCAAGAAGCAUCUGGGUCGGUCUCAUUAUCAACUUAUUGGAAGCUCAUGGACAGGACAAUAAAUGGGAUUUUGGUUUUGUUAGGGCUUGUUUGUUUGUUAUGAAGAAGAGGUUGAAUUCUUUCAUUUAAGUUC